ACUAAACCUGUAAUAUGCGCGGUAGGUACCCGGUAUCAGGUACCGUAUUGAUAUUCAAUUGGAUCACGGAAGCCACUUCCCAGGUGUAGAAUGAUUUAUAGGCAACCUGUCCCUCCUUGUUCCCAAACCCUCAUUAACGAGUCAGGGACUUGAGGUAUAACUCCCAUCGUUCCGAACUUUUACUUCUGAACUGCCGUCGUGCCACCAACCCUCCUUUGAGUCCAAAGCAUCCCAGAAUUUGAACCACCUCCCAUUCCAUCCCCCAAGUUCCAACCAGAAAAAGACCUACCACCAUGGCCACCAACCCCUCCGCCGAACGGGUCGUCCCCGGCUCCGCCAACCCGCCGCCCGCGCCCUGGCCCGCGAGCGCCACAACCCCAGCAGGAUCCAUCAACGCGCCAGCGAUCGCCGCGCAGGUCAUCUCCUCGCUCAACGACGCGCUCGGCAAGCGGGACUUUGCCGCCGUCGCCGGGCUGUUCCUGCCCGAUCCGGACGACUCCUCGGUGAUCUCGGAUGCUGCUGCCCCCGCGCCGGCGCCGAAGCCGACGCCAUUCUGGAGGGACCAUCUUGUCCUGUCGUGGCGGCUGCGCACGCUCAAGGGGCGGGAGAAGAUCCUCUGCUUUCUGAAGAGGGAAUUGAAGGAUGAGAAUGAGGAUGAGGAGAAGGAGAAGAAGGCGGCGCUGUCGUUGUUGAAGUUCCGGGUGGAUGACUCGGUUGCGUCUCGGAAGCCGAAGGUGGUGAGCUUCCGGUCGCGCGGGGAGGUCAAUGGGGUCGAGUUCUUUGUGACGGUGGAGAAUGCGGCUCGUGGUUACUGUAGUAAGAGGGGGAGGGGCGUGGUGAGACUGGCGGAGGCUGAGCCUGGGGUGUGGAGGGUUUGGACGAUGUUUACGACGCUGGAAGAGGUCGGCGGGUUUGAGGAGAGGGUGGGGAAGAGGAGGGAGGUUGGGGUGCAGCAUGGCGCGACGCAGGAUAGGAGGAAUUGGGCGGAGAGAAGGGCCGAGGAGAGGGAGUUCGUGGGCAGGGAGCCGGAGGUGUUGAUUAUCGGGGCCGGACAGGCCGGGCUGACUGCCGCUGCACGGUUCAAGAUGCUUGGAGUCCCGGCUCUUGUGGUCGACAAGAACAAGGCGGUCGGCGACAACUGGCGCAACCGGUACCGCCAGCUUGUGCUGCACGACCCCGUUUGGUACGAUCAUAUGCCCUACAUUCCAUUCCCUGACUCCUGGCCCGUCUUUACGCCCAAGGAUAAGCUGGCGGACUGGUUCGAGUCCUACGUCAAGGCCUUGGACCUCGACGUGUGGACGCAGUCUUCCAUGAUGUCCAGCUCCUGGGACGGAGACACAAAGCAAUGGAAGGCCGUUAUCCAGCGCAUCUCAGCAGACGGCUCCACGGAGACGAGGGAGUUCCAUCCACGACACAUAAUUGUCGCAACGGGGCACUCCGGGAAGUCCUACAUGCCUUCCAUACCCGGGAUGGAGUCGUUCAAGGGUGACCUUCUCUGCCACUCGGCCAGCUUCCCAGGCGCUGGGGAGAACCGCAAGGGCAGAAGGGCCGUCGUGGUUGGUGCCUGCAAUUCGAGCAUGGAUAUCAGCCAAGACUACGUCGAGAAGGGAUAUGAUGUGACGGUGGUGCAGCGGUCCUCCACCUACGUGAUCUCCAGCAAGAACGUUCUGGACAUUCUGCUGGGCGGACUCUACGAAGAGGGCGGCCCGGCAGCCGAAGACAGCGACCUGAAGAUCUGGGGCUGGCCAAGCGAAGUGCUCAAGUCGACCCAAGUGGAUCUGACCAAGACUGCAGAGGAGAAGGAUAAAGAGAUUUUGGAUGGGCUGGAGAGAGCCGGCUUUAAAAUCGAUAAGGGGCCAAGUGGAGGAGGCCUCUUUUGCAAGUACCUGCAAAGAGGAGGGGGGUAUUACAUCGACGUGGGCGCGGCAAAGCUCAUCAUUGAUGGGAGGGUCAAGGUCAAGCACGGGCAGGAGAUUGCGCAGGUCCUACCACACGGACUGAGGUUUGUAGAUGGCAGUGACCUGGAGGCGGAUGAGAUUGUGUUUGCUACGGGCUACGAGAACAUGAAACAGUCGGCGAAGGGCUUCCUGGAGGACGAGCUCUUCGAGAAGGUGGGAGACGUGUGGGGCUGGGAUGAAGAGGGCGAGAUGAGGACCAUCUGGACGGGCAGCGGCCAUCCUGGGCUCUGGUUCCAUGGGGGCAAUUUGAGUUUCUGCCGGUAUUACUCGAGGCUGGUGGCACUUCAGAUCCUGGCAAGCCUCAAGGGGUUGAAUGGGCAGGGUUAGAGCAUUAGGAUGGCGUGGUCUGCUAUGCGUCAACCGCAACGACAAUGUCCAUAGCAUGCCCUCCCAAGAAUCCAUUGUUUUGAGCCCCGUACUACUCUGUUU